CCCGCCCCACGGAGUGGAGCUAGCGCUCCCUGGCCUGCGGCGCGUUCGGCUGCGCGGCGGAGCUAAGGCGGCCGCGGCGGCCUGAGGGCAGGGAGUGGACUUUGGUUCCUGAAUCUCGGCACUGCAGACGACGGGGCCUUGUGCACAGGUACUUCUUGGAAAAACUGAAAAAGCUUCCUGGACGUCGGUGGCCCAGAGCUGAUGGCAGACAAUGUCAGCCACUAACAACAUAGCCCAGGCCCGGAAGCUGGUGGAGCAACUUCGCAUCGAAGCCGGGAUAGAGCGCAUCAAGGUCUCCAAAGCCUCCUCCGAACUCAUGAGUUACUGUGAGCAGCACGCCCGGAACGACCCGCUGCUGGUCGGAGUCCCGGCCUCCGAGAACCCCUUUAAGGACAAGAAGCCUUGUAUUAUCCUAUAGCUCUGUCUCCUGCCGUGUGCCGCUCUGUCUCUCUCUCUCUCUGUCUCUCUCAGCCAGAGCAUCAUUCAGCACACAGUCGAGAAAACGUUUCAAAUCCCAAAACUUCUGAUUCCAAAAGAAAUGCAAAAAGUUGCCACCACCCAAAUGGGGUAAAAUGUAUCCUCUGGGUCUAGAUGGAUUUUCUGACCCAACAACGCAGCCCUCUCACGGCCCAGCCGAAGGAGAGCCGUCUGAGUUGUGAUCCGGAGCAAAGUCGGGCCAGAAGAAGGCAAGGGGCCGGGUGAAUGUACCACUGGCCUGGGCAACCCAGCGGGGUGGCGAUUCUCACACAAUUGGCCAUUUGUGGAAAGAUCUUUCUCUUCUUUUCUGUAAGCAGAGUAAACUUGGGUGGGGAGUAGGGGAGAGACGUAGUUCAGUUCUGUGGAAGAAUUUCUCCUUUUCAUUUAAAAAAUUGUUACUCUAUCCUGCUAAACUCAGAUUUCAAUGGCUGACUGUGUAGCUAAACUGUACUGUGUCACAGUGCACAGAUGGGUUUUAGGGGCCGGGAGGGGGACAGGGCCGGGAGGGGGGCUUUGCCUGUGAAAUGCCAAGUGUCACCCCACUGUGUGGCAUUUGUAUGGCAUGUGUCACUUGACAGCCACGCCGUGGCCCCUGCCCUUUCCUGGGGACCCCACCCAUCACAGCAUCAGAUUCUCAGCAAGGCACCCUGGCCCCUGGAAUGGCCGACUGAGCUUUGUUUUGUCUUCAGCACGAGACAUUGAUGCAGGCAGUUAGAAGCUGCGGUCGUACAGGAUGGUUUUGUCGUUUUUCCAUUUUAAUGCACCGCCAUGGCCAUUUUUCAAACAGAAAUGCAGCCAGGGAGGCCCUGCCUGGUGGCUGCACCCACCUGGUGCUUCAAGUAAAAGGCGUUAACUUAUCUAACUUAUCUGGAAGUGAGGUGCCAUGUGAGUAGAAUUCGUCACUCUUUCCAACAGCCUUGGGAAUUUAAGGUGUCAUAGAGUUGAAGGCUGGGGGUGGGGAGAGCUUUUUUUUUUCUUUUUAAUUGUCCUCAGUUACUGCUGAAUGCACGCUCUUCCGCACCUGCCAGCAUGGCCAGCAGCCACUGGGACCCCACUUGCCACGUGGGGUGUGAGGGGGCCACACGCAAACAGCAGGAAGAAACAAGCCCAGCUCUGACCCCUGGGCUCCAAGGGGCGGCAGAGCCUAGGACCCUGCCAGCUGGGCCCUCACCUCCCAGGCCUGAGGGGCAGGGCCACAGCCUCGUGUUGCUCUCCCAAGGCCUCUGCUCACCCGGAGCCCCGGGGCCUGGCAAUGCCGGGAGGGCUUUGGGCGGGACACAGGUGGGGUGGCCCUGCACCCCUGCCGCACGCUGGCUCCCACUGGAGGGCCCAGCCUUUCUCCCCGGCUGGUCCGGGAACACCAGGGCCUUUGGGGGCCUGGCUCCCCCAAACCUGCAGUGGGACGGGGAAGCCACAAAGGCUGCUAGUGUUGCAGGCCCUUUCACUGGGCAGGGAACCAGCCAGCCCUGGGGCGCCCUCACCUUCAUCUGCAGCAGGAACGGAAGCCCGCUCUGGACCCCAGGACUGCCCCUGGGGGAGGCCUGGGCGUGGCGGGGAUUGACCCCAGACUCGGAGGGAGCGGGUGGCAUAGUGAGGCUUGUAGAAGCCCCCCUGGCUGACCACCCUGCCGGCCCUUCCCACUAGCCAUGCUGACUGGUGACCGGGACCCCCCCGUGCUCUGUGCAAGAGGCCUUAAUCCCUGAGCCCGUGUCAGAUCCUUGCACGCUCGUCUUUCUCCUGCGGCCCCCCGACCCUGCCCCAUACCACUCCGCGGGCCACCAGGCCCCAAAGAGGACAGGAGGCCCCAAUCUCCGUGUCGGGAGUGCCCCGGGGCCCAGACCUGUCUCUCUCUCUGCCCCCGGCCCCGCCAGCUGUGCCAAGCCCAGCGCCGCUGUGUCCUUACCCAAGUGACCCUGAGAAGCCGGCCAGCGGGAGAGAAAGCCCAGGAACGCUGGCUGAGGGAGUUUGGCAGCCCCAUUGCCUUCCCCAGGCGCAGCCAGCCAGCAUCCUGCCACCACCCUACCCCCGACCUGGGGCAAAUCCAGACUUCUCAGGUGGGAGCGCCCAGGGCCUGAGCCGUGACCCCGAGGCCCAGGUCCCCCCACCCAUCACCAUGCCUGCUCAGCUGCCGCCCCCACGGCCCACUCCUUGUCCCCUGAGCCUCGGACCCCAGGGAGGUGGCCAUUGGCAGAAGCCACCCUGGUUGUCUUUCUAGGUGAGUGGGAAAAAAAACCCUUUUCCUUUCUCUUUUUUUCUUUUUAGAGCAAACCUCCAUGUCCGUAGUGUAGGCCUGAGGUAUUAGUAACUGUUCGUGCUUGCCUGGCAAGUGUCCGGCUCGGGAUCCCGGUCUUCGUGUGCAGGCUGUGUCUGCCUGCGGGGCGGCAGCCUGGGCCGUGGGGAAGCUGGCAUCUACGCCCAGUCAUGGCGGAGAAAAUUAAAGAUGCCCUCCCCACCAAGGCAGAGGCCAGGGUGGGAGGCGCGGGGUCUCCCGUUCUCCUGCAGCCCGGGUCUGUUUCCGCUGGGCCGGCCGAGCCCCGGCCCGGUAGCCGAUGGGGCUCCAGGAAGGGGCUAGUGUGCUCCCCACCUCGUGCUCCCCAGCGGGGACCCCCAGGCCAGGAGUUAGGUGGCUCAGCUGUGACCUCCGGCCCGGCGAAGGUGCUGCCUCGCUUCCCGCCGUGCACAGGGCCACGCUGGGCCUCCAGGCGGCCCCCCAAGCUGGGGAGCAGCCCCGGCGCGCCGCCCCCCUUGCGGGCAGGAAGAGGCCCCCGGACCCGCGCCUCCAGCCAAAGGCCUCGCCCUUCAGGAGCACUUCGGGCAGCCCGCCUGCCACGGGGUCUCCUGAAAAGAAGCCAUACUCUCUCGGUUGCUCCACCCUCCUCCUUGCGUGUCCAUGGAAACCAUUGCCAAACACUGUAAAGACCAGUCCGUUUUCAGAAGCAGUCUGUAGUUCUAGCAGGUUCUACCCCAUCCGCGUGAAUGUCCAGUGGUUUUUAUUUAUGAUUUUUAACAAAAGAUUCCAGGUGUGCCACACCCACUUUCUCGCAGUGUUUUAAUACCGUGUGGAAUUGUUAAUACAAAGUGAAUUAAUCCACAAUAAACAGGCUCACUGUUCCUUUUC